UUUAUUAAGGAUCAUUUAAUUUUUUGUGUUGAUUUUUUUUUGCUUCUUGUUGACAAGAAAUGUCAUCAAAAAUUUUUAAAUUAAGUCCUUGAUGAUUAUGGUUGGAUCAUCUAGAGUAAUUGAAAAUUCAGAGUAUAAAAUAAAUCAAGAGCAGAGAAUGGAUCAAGACAACGAUCUAUUUGAUAUUCUUCAAUUACUAUUUCAACGAUUAUAUGUUUACAUACGUGAUUUUCCAGAAAUUAUACAAAAAGAAUUUUUAUCAUUUUUUCAAAAAGCCGAAAUUCAAGAGCCAGAAUUAAAUGAUUAUUCAUUUUCAUUAUCAAAAUAUUCAAUUGCUGAUUUAUUAGCAUUUUAUACAAUUUGUGCAGUAUUAGGAAUUUUAAUUGUCGUAACAACAAGAAAUAAUAGAAUUCCAGAGUCUUGUAUUGAUUAUACACCAUCACCAACACCCGAAAUUAAUGUACCACUUGUUGACCUAACAGAAGAUGAUACACCUGAUCGAGAUUCUCUGUAUGAACUUCCACGUUUAGCACAUCCAUGGGGUGAUUCAAUUGCCGAACCAGAAAGAUUAAUACCACAAAGAAUAUAUUUUUAUCAGCCAAAAACAAGACCAUAUUGUUGUUCAAUUGAAUCAAGACCAUCACAUAUAUCUGUACGUUCAACAUCAUCACAUCAAUUUCAAACAACAAGAGCAAAAGAUCAAUUAUAUCAACGUCAAUCUAAUAAUAUCAAUGAUUGGCUUAUUCGACGAACAAGAAGUGGACAAAUUUAUGGAAAAUAUCCAAUUCAAACAUCAUGAUAUUAUUAAUUUUUAACAGUCAAGUUUAUAAAAGAAAAAAAAAUUUAUUAUUACUUCAACAGAAAGGGAUUUUAUACUUAAAAUUUGAUGAAUCAUUUUUGCACAAAA